AUGAGGAAGAGAGAGAGGGAGAACCCUUGUGGGAUUUGUGGGCACUACCACAAGUACGAGGAGGGGGAGGUGUGCGGCGUCUGCGGCCAUCGAAUGGCCGCCGUGGCGGACAAAUCCGCUGCGCCGUCCGUCCACGUCAGCGCCUUCCCAUCGGAGAUCUUGCCGGAGUUCCUGUACCUGGGCAGCUACGACAAUGCUGCCCGCGCCGAGCUUCUCAAGACUCAGGGCAUCUCUCGCGUUCUCAAUACUGUUCCUGCUUGUCAAAAUUUGUACAAGAACUCUUUUACCUAUCACUGUCUGCAAUAUGAUAAAGAACUGCCAUUUGAGGAUGCAAUUCAGUUUUUAGAACAAUGUGAAAAAGAUAGGGCUCGUGUUCUGGUGCACUGCAUGUCCGGCAAAAAUAGGUCUCCUGCCAUAGUAAUUGCUUACUUGAUAAAAACCAAAGGCUGGAAACUCACACAGAGUUAUCAAUGGGUGAAAGAGCGCAGGCCUCAAGUCGAACCAAGUCAAGAUAUCUAUCAGCAAUUACUCGAGUAUGAGCAAAAAAUACUUGGUGGGGCAGCCAAGAACAACAAUAGUACUGUUCUGAGUUCACCGCCCUUUAGCUUUGGCUUCUCAAGACCAAACAACCCACCACCUGAAGUCCCGGUUUUCAACAAUAGUACUGGUGGUGCUUCCAUAUUUUCCCGAACUGCAUUUGAUGUCCCUCCUCACGAAUUCACGUUUGGGGCUGGGCCCUCACAGAAAAACACCCCAGACGAUACUUCUUUCAAUGGAAGCACAAAUAUUUCUUCUGUCAAUGAUAUUACCAUGGAUAGUUCCUGA